AUGCGCUAUUGGCGUGCUUGUUUGUAUCCAACAUUUCAUUUUAUCACAUGCUAUUUGGAAGCAACAUCAAAAUUUUAUAUUAACAUAGUACAAAGUUAUAUUUUGCUAGCAUUAAAUGCAUGUCGUUGUGCACAAAUUAUAUUUAAUCGAAAUGUUUUUAUAAAAAAUCCUCGUUUGAUUAUUUUAAUUCAUUUUUUGAUUUAUAUUUUACCAGCACUUAAUAUCACAAUACAAAUUCUUGGUAAUUGGACUGUAUUAUUGCGUGGAGCAGGCGAGUCUUGUGACAUAGUAUAUAUUUCCGUAACGGUAGCGAUAUUUAAUCUAUUCAUCAUAUAUAUUAUUCCAGUUCUCUUGAAUACUAUUAUCAUCGCAUCUUGUAUUCGUCAUGUAAGUUCAAUAAGAGGUAUUCGUAGUGAACAAAUAAUUAAUCUUCGUUCUAAACAUAAAAAAACUCUUUUAAUUCAAACAAUAAUAUUUUAUUCAAUUUGGAUUGUAUUAUGGAGUCCAAAUGUACUUGAUUUUCAAUUUAUUAAUGUUAAUACUCAACCUGGCAUUUACACUUCAUUGCUUAAUUAUAUAGAAAUAACAACAGAUCCAUUUUUUGUCGCUGUACUUGACAUUCGUUAUUUUCAAUCAUGGAAAAUGAUAUGGCGUAAAAUAAAAAGAUAUCGACAAAGAGCUAUUGUUGCAGCGUUACCAGCUGCUCCUGAACAAAUCCAUUGA